GAACGCUCGCGAAAGCAGACCCCCGGCGCUGGUUUGUUUUCAUGGCUGGUGUUAUAAAUCGAAAGGCAAUCACCACAUUACCUUUGUAAACGCGGUGAAUUUGAACAGGCAGAUAAUUGACGUGCAGUCCCCAAUCUCAACAGAUGCGUAUUAUUCGUGGAUAAAAAGAUGAUGCGAAGACCUCGCCUGACUGUCUGCAAAAAGCAAGAAUCGGACGACGCGGAUGAUUCGUUCUUGAAUACAAGUACAGAAUGUGAAAAUGAGGAGGAGGAGGAGGAGUGGGUACCAGAGAGCAAAGUGACGAAACCCAGAAAGAAACCUGCCACACCGAAAAAGCCCAAAGCCCCCAAACCCCCAAAACCACCAAAAGCCCCCAAAACACCAAAACCAAAAGCACCCCCAAAAACAGCUCCUGAAAAACCUAAAGUAGGAAGAAAAACAAAAGCAUCAGCUCUGGAAAAAGAUGUAGGUGUGGUCGGGGUGCCUGUGAAAGAAGAGAGACUGUCAUUUAUUGUCACUGCUGGAAGCCAUAAUGAAACUGAGCAGUACAAGGGUGCUCAGGUGAAAGAAGCAACAAGAACAAAAGGGCCACAAACUGAAAAGCAGGGAACAAGUGCGGAACCGAAAGAAUUAAAGCAUGAUUCGGCAUGUCUCCCUGAAGGACCUUCGUCUAGUAGUCAGCUGCAUGAUGUUAAGAAGGAAGAACUUGAAGAUGAUUUCACCUUCGACGAGCCUGCUUUAAAAAAGAUGAAAACUGCUGGGUGCCCUGAUGGCAAACCAGUAAAACAUUGUAAAAAGGACAACGGCAGUCUUGGAGAUGUGCAGAUGAACUGGGAUUUCAUUCAGGUGUUGUCUGAAAGAACGGUUGUAGAUCCAUGGGUGUGUGCAAACCUAGUGAACCUGUUCAAAGAGGAGAACACAAUCCCAUUCAUUGUGCGCUACAGGAAGGAGCUCAUCAACCACAUGGAUGCUGAUGCAGUGCGAGAUGUGCAGCUCACUGUGGAGGAGCUACGAAACAUUGCAAAGAAGGUGCAUGCAGUGAUACAGACUCUGAAGAAGGAGGGGACUUUAACAAUCAGUCUGGAGAAGGCUCUGCUGAAUUGUAGAUCAGCAGAUGAGUUGGAUGAUGUGUAUGCUCCUUAUAAGAAAGGCAGUAAGCUGUCGAAGGCCAGGAGAGCGAGGCAGCUGGGUCUGGAACCCCCGACCCUGGCUCUGCUGGAGUCUCCUCAAACUCUCAAUCUGCACUCCUACGUACAGCCCCAGAGUGAAGGCCUGUCAACACUGGCUGAAGUUGAGGCUGGAGUUCAGCAAAUCUUGGCAGACAUGAUUGCCAAGGACAAAGAGACAUUGGUCUUUGUAAAAAGAUUAUGUGAACAGAACUAUAUAACCAUACAUUCCACAGUGUCAAAAACUGCAUUGAAGGAACAGAAGGAUGAGAAAGGGGCCAAGCCGAAAGAUAUUGAUAAAUUUCAACUUUACGCUGAUUUUACUGCCAGCGUCAGAAACAUCCAUCAUCACCAGAUUUUGGCCAUUAACCGAGGGGAGAAUCUGAAGAUCCUGACAGUGAAGGUCAACAUUCCUGACAGGGUGAAGAAUGAAUUUAUUGGCUGGUGUCUCAGCGUAAGAUGGAGACCAAAGGGCUACGCAAGGGAGGAACUCUUUAAACUGUUAAAAGAUGCUGUGGAAGAUUCAUAUAAAAGGCUUAUUCAACCGUUGCUAUGUAGAGGUUUUAGGUCGAGUUUGACAACGAGCGCAGAGAAGGAGUCCAUCGCAAUGUUUGUAAGAAAUCUCCGUCAGCUGCUUCUUACCGGACCAGUUAGGGGGCGAGUCUUAAUGGGGGUGGACCCUGGAUACAGACACGGCUGCAAACUGGCAGUCCUUUCACCCACAAGCCAGAUUCUACAUACAGAUGUGGUCUAUUUACACGGAGGGAAUGGAUUUCGUGAAGCUGAAAAGAUUAGGCAUCUGCUGAGAAAAUACAAUUGUUCCACUCUUGUCAUCGGGAAUGGGACUGCCUGCCGGGAAACGGAAGCUUAUUUUGCUGACCUCAUUGCAAAGAAGUAUUUUGAGCCUCUGGAUGUGGCGUACUGCAUCACCAGUGAAGCUGGAGCCUCUAUAUACAGUGUCAGUCCUGAAGCUGUGAAGGAAAUGCCAGACCUUGACCCUAAUUUGAGAAGCGCAGUUUCCAUUGGACGUCGAGUACAAGACCCAUUAGCUGAGCUGGUGAAAAUUGACCCAAAACACAUUGGAAUAGGAACCUACCAGCAUGACGUGUCGCAGCCCUUGCUGAAAGCGGCUCUGGCCAGUGUGGUUGAAGAAUGUGUCAGCUUUGUUGGAGUGGAUAUUAACAUCUGCUCUGAAACCUUGAUGAGGCAUGUUGCAGGGCUCAAUGCUGGUAGAGCAAAGAACAUUAUGGAGUGGCGUGAGAAGAAUGGACCAUUUAUAAACCGUGGACAGCUGAAAGAAGUCAAAGGCGUGGGUCCAACAACCUUUCAGCAGUGUGCUGGUUUCAUACGAAUUAACCCAGAAAACCUGAAGAGCAUUUGCAGCAGUCAGCAGAGUGCCGGCGAGGCGGGAGGUCAGGCAUCCGGAGCGGGUAUCCCGAGUGCAACAGGUGCGGGGGGGGCAGCUGGGAAACCACCCAGCAAGAAGAGCAAGAGCAAAACAACAGGCAUCGCUAGCCAGCAGCUCAACCCACUGGAUCAGACCUGCAUCCACCCAGAGUCAUACGAUAUUGCCAUGAGGUUUCUUGUGCUCAUCGGUGGAAAUGUACAGGACAUAGGCAAACCUGAAAUGCAGUCCAAGGUGAAUGCAGCAAUCCAGAAAGAAGGGAUGGGAGAAGUUUGUCAAAAACUAAACACAGCACUUCCAACCCUGCAGAUCAUCAUCGAUGGCCUGACUCAGCCACAGGGCUUUGACAUUCGACAAGGUUUUGACACACCUGACUUCAAGCGAGGCAUUGUCUCAAUAAACGAUCUGAAACAGGGCACCGUGCUCACAGGAAGGGUGGAAAACGCUGCACUUUUUGGAGCUUUUGUGGACAUAGGAGUGGGUCGAUCUGGCCUGAUCCAUAAGAAAUACAUCACAGAGGCCAAGCUGCCCCGGGACGAGAGGCGGAGAAGCUUGGCACUCGGACCCGGAGAGAAGGUGGAGGUCAGGGUACUCAACGUGGACGUGGCCAGAGGCAGAAUCGGCUUGGAUCUCAUACGGGUUUUGAGAUAGAGUUCUGGCUCUGAAGGGCCUGAGCAGUGCAUCUUGGAGCGCUUCAGACUAAACUGCUACUGAAGAAAAGGUUGUAGUAUUUGUACGAUAAAAAGGUGGUGAUGAUUAGUGCAAAAUAAAGGCAGUUACCGUGAACACCGUGUAGACGGACAGACGCAAUCAACGCAUAAGUGUCCCCUGAAGAAAAAAAACAUGGCAAAGAAAAGGGCUGUCUUUGGCCAUAAAGUAUCUCUGUCUUUGGGGAGUUCUAAUACAUGUUUAAUAAGUCAAGGGGUAUGUUUUAGACUUUUCUUUUAAUGUUGAAACCGUCUUUUAUGUUUUGCCUCAGAUCAUUCCUUUGUAAAUUGGAAUUAGAUGUGUGUUGAAAUGUUGUUGUAAAGAAAUUCACUGAUAUUUGUUUUCGCUGUUGUUCUCUCUGUGCGAAUGGCUUGCAGUCUAGUCUUCCAAUUUGCUAGACACAUUGGAGUAUGCUGAAAGGAUAAAGGUUUUCAACGAUUGUAUCCCACAGCGGACAAUUUUAGUUGUUAUGACGAUUCAUUAGGUUUCAGGUCAAAUUUUGAUUUUUAAAAAAUUAAAACCUAUCCUUAUUACUGUAUAUUGCCCUAGCCAGAAACAGCAAUGGUUUGAAAAUACCAAGAUAGUUGACAUUGUGGUCUGUUUUUAUUGACCUAAACGUUUUGUUAAAAAAAAAAAAAAAAAAAAAAAAAAAAAAAGUAAAUAAUUAAACCUUUCUAUUCUCAUUGGUGUAUUACAUAUGCAAUGCUUGCCACACUCUGGAGCAUUGGGUUUACAGUCCAGCCUCAGAAGCAAACACAGUGCAUUGCUCUACGUGCUGCCAACGUGAUCUUGUAUUAUGUGUUAAUGUAAGGGGGUCUGUUAACAUUAAUAUGGCAUCUUUUCACCUUACAAAAAUACUUAUUUAAAAUGUGUAAACAUAGGAAAUGGUAUUAACGUCUUUGAUAGUUGUGUGUGAAGCAUGAAUGUUCUGCUAGAUGUGUUUUACAAUACAGAUGCAUGUAGUACAGCAGUGGUAUUGUGUAAUGACAUACAUAUGUUAUACUGUAGCUGUAGUCGUUAAAGUUUGAAAAAACAACAUUUACAGCAGGCUCUCUUUUUUUUUAGCAUACAUAUUUUCACUAAAGUGUUGAUGCAUACACACUGUACAAAACAUAUCAAAUACAUUUAGAAUGUAUAGCUUGUAUUAUAGUUUUUCAAAUUACUGUUUUUUAGUUGUUGUUGUUAUCGCAUCCUAAAAUGGUUUGUUUGAUUGUCUCUGCAAAUAAGUUGGAAGAAGCAGAAGAAGCAAAAGAAGAAAAAAAACACCACCACCACCGGGAGUGCAGUCAGUAAAUUGGGGCUGGUGGAAGAUGAGUGCAGUGAUUUCCAUAGCUGGUAUAUAUUGCCUUGUCUAACAAGCUGUCCCAGCUGAAUUCAAAGUGCUGGCUCCCCGAAGGCUCCCCAGCUGCACUGCCUCAUUGACACACUCAGUGGGUAGGUGCAGAUGCCAGACUCCAAUAAACUGGAGGCCAAGGGAAAACACAAAGGCAAUUAUUGAAGGCUAGUAAUGCACUAAUCAGGCAAUUUCAAAAUGAAUCCCAUAUUCCCUUAUUGUAUUAUCUAUUCUGUUUAUAUUUAUUUAGCGAACUGCUGCUAAAAUAAAGAUCCUAGCCUCCAGCCCAUUAACUGCUCUCUAAGGGUGUUCAUUUAAAGAGGGGGAGAAAAUGGAGUGUGUCUGAUAGUUUGCUUUGCUUAAAACUGAUACCCAGAAAGAAACAAGCAAAUAAAUGAUACAAGACGGUACAUGCAAUACAGAGACUGCCGUUUUGAAUUUAAGUGAACCGUACUGUUCUUGUUUCAGCCAUAAUUGUAAUAUUUAUCAGCA